GCAGUUACGCGAGGCGCGCGACUCUGUCAGAGGCAGGAAGAGAACAAACCCACAGCGCAUGCGCCGGGAUUUGAACGCCGUGGGAUCAACGAGAGGCUGCGCUUCAGUGGACGGCGAGACUCCCUUUUAGAGGCAGGAAGACAACAAUCCCACAGCGCAUGCGCCGGGAUUUGAACACCGUGGGCUCAACGAGAGGCUGCGCUUCAAUGGACGGCGACUUCCUGCUGGCGCUGCGGCUCCAAGAGGAGUGGAACUCGGAGGAGGGCGAGCGUGCGGCCUCCCUCAAGGCGGCCUCCUCACCGGCGCGGCCGCUGUCGCUGGUGGAUGAGAGCUGGGAGCUGCUGGAUCCCAGUCCGGACGUGCGAGGCCUCUUCGUGCAAUUCAACCAGAGCCUCUUCUGGGGGGCCCUGGAGGCCGUGGAGGUGAAGUGGAGCCCCCGCAUGACGCUAUGUGCAGGAGUUUGCUGCUAUGAAGGCCGUGGUGGAAUGUGCUCCAUUCGACUUAGUGAGCCCCUUCUAAAGUUGCGACCAAGGAAGGACCUUGUAGAGACUCUUUUGCAUGAAAUGAUUCAUGCUCUGUUGUUUGUCACUUAUAAUAACAAAGAUCAUGAUUCUCAUGGCCCUGAGUUCUGCAAACACAUGGAUCGGAUAAAUCGCUUAACUGGCACUAAUAUUACGGUCUAUCAUAAUUUUCACGAUGAGGUGGAUUUUUAUCGCCAGCACUGGUGGCGCUGCAACGGUCCUUGUCAAAAAAGAAUGCCAUAUUUUGGCUAUGUGAAGCGUGCAAUAAACAGAGCACCCUCUGCAAAUGACUACUGGUGGUCUGAUCAUCAACAGACUUGUGGCGGUACAUUUACCAAAAUCAAAGAGCCAGAGAACUACGCAAAGAAAGACAAAGAGAAGAACAGUCAAGCAGAAGUUCCAGCCAAUGGCAAAGUUUUUACAGGAAUAACGGAUGGAAAGAACAUACAAAGCAUAAUUCCUUUUAGUGGAAAAGGUUAUGUCCUUGGAAGGAAAAGUGAUAUGACAUCAUCAGAGAAAACCACAAGUCCCAGCAACAACAAGAGGUCACGGUAUCAUUCACCAUCUGAUUUGACUAGAAAAAAUCCUAAAAACGAAGAUAACUUUUCCUUUACAAAUGUUCCCCCUUCAUUUUCUUCCAUUGAAGACAAAAAUAAUUUUACUUCUAGACUCAUGCUUCCUAAAGUUUCAGUUGCUAACAAAAAAGUUUACAGGAAUGUUAAUGGAUCCCCAAUUAAAAAUGUAUUGUUUACUGAAAGAAGAUCUAAUUCAAGCUUUACAAAUGAUACAUCAGAGCCACUGUCAAAGGAGACACCAGAAAAAAGUAUUUUUCAACCAACUACUUCAACACCUAAAUCCUACAUUGCAUCCCAUGGAAAUGACAGCCCACAAAAUGGCGGAGCAUCCAAACGGGCAAGAAUGGAAGACACAACUGCCUUUGAAAACUAUUUUAUAAAGAAAAAGCCUUUGGUGAAAAGUGAGGCUGAACCAGCAGCCAUAAAAACUGUGACGCCUUCUGUCAGUAAUCAAAAGAAAAAGGUUCGCUGCCCUGUCUGCCAGUCUGAGGUUUUGGAAGCAAACAUUAAUGAACAUUUAGACGUCUGCCUCUGAGAUUUCAGAUCUCGCACAGCUGAACUCUAAAUCAAAAGAAUGCUGCUUUCUCCUGGGUUAUCCAUCUGUUUUAUUGCCCAUCUUGGCUUUAUAUUUUGUUGGGUGAGCUGAUGUUAUUUAUGAUCUCACUUUGUGUGUGAAGUAUAAGGCAGGAAGGAUGUACAUGUGGAUUAUAGAUCCCAUUUUCCCUCAUGAUAGUCUCUGUUGAUUAGGGAUAAUGGAAAUUCUUUCCAUGAGUACCUCAAAGUCUCAGGUUUCUUCAACUUGAAUAAGUAACCUUUCUCUGCACCUUUAUGUCAGUGAUACAGUGAGCUCUGAAUACACUUUAAUAGCCAUGAAAAAUGUGUAUAUUCAUUAAAGAAAAUAUGUUUUAAAAUUAAAAUUUUUUUAAAGACACAGAAAGUUGAUAUUGUAAAACUGCCUUUUGCAUGUUUGCUUUUGAAGGCUGAGUUUUAAGCUGCUACAGCUUUUGCAAAGCAAUACUGUGUAAAUUCAAAAUGGCUUAAGAGAAUUUGUAUUCAUGGGAUAAAAUAAGUGUAAAUUUAAAUACGGCUGAUUUCACAUACGUGUGAAUCAAGCCGUUAAUCAUUUGGAAGCAGUAGACUAUUCUGACCAACAGUUUUUGCAAAGCUUUAAAAUACUUUUGGCAACUAUGUAAAUAAGUUCCGGCACUGACCCUAAAACUGUUCAUUGGCCCAUUUCACUGUCUUGAAAUGUUAGGAAGAUUCUUUCAAGUUAAAUGUUUUGUAUGUUCCUCGAGUAUUUGCACUUUGUACUAGUCUAAUCACAUGACAAGGUUAAAAAUUUUUUGAGAUGAAACAACUUAAGAGUUGUUCCAUCUCAAAGAAAAAAUCAACCUAAUUCUUCAUGAGAACCAAAUGUGGAUUACAUAAGCUUUUUAUUUAAAUUUGCUAUUGUUCUGAAAUAGUCAUUUUUGUUCUUUUCUUAGUUUGAUUUGUUUAAUAUUCUGGCCUUGUAGAGUCCAUGAAUAUUAUGUUUAUGUCUGUGUUGAAAAUGUUAGUAUCGGAUUUCCCAUUUCUGUUAAGAAGCUGGUACAAAGUUGUCAGAUUUCCAAAAGUUUUUCCAUUGACAUUACCUUCUAAUAACGAGAUAUCUUUCAGUUGAUACACACAUGUGUACAAGUGGUAAGCCACCUCACUCUGUCUGAUAAAGUGCCUUUGGAUGAAGCCUCAUUUAUUUAUAUAAGGAGUAGUUCUUUUUUCUUCUAGAGAUUCAGGUUUGUGUUUAAAAACUGGUAGCCUAUUGAUAAUUCUGGUAUGUAAUAACUUUUCAGAAACAGGGUCUUAAGUUCAAAAAGAUCUGAUUCACAAAGGUAAAUGUCCAAAAUAAAUUUACCUGUUCUGGAUACAGUGGAACAGUCAAUAUAAUUUGAAUAAAUUUCAUAUUGAGUGCUUA